AUGACAGUUGUUCGAAAAUCACGCUCUCAUGGGCGUCGUGGGAAUAAGGGAAGACCUAGACGACCACUUUCCAAAGAGCAAAAAGAACACCUCGAGAAAGCCCGUCUAGAAAUUUUCUACAAACUGGAUAUCCAAACCUACCCCAACGCCCCCGAAGUCCUAACGCUAAACAUCGAGCUCGCACGCACAAAGCAAGAAACGAAACCUCUAUCUGAUAUUUCCAAGUUUGGCUCUACCAUCAAGGUAAUCCAUAUCUUUAUUGACUUCAAAUCAGUUCCUCUCAGGGCGCGAGACGUAAUUUUCUUCAAGAAGCUGGUUCUCUUGCUGAAUGGUUUUGCGUUGAGAGCCUUGGAUGUGCAUUUUUUACUGCCGGAGGACUGCCUAGAGUGGGAUAAGUUGAGAAAUGUGGCGCUAUUUCAUGGACUUGAUGGGGAGAUUCGUGGUAUGUGGACUUUUGACUAUCUUCUGCUGGGUAGCUCGGAGGCUUCUUGGCAGGCGCUUGAUGAACAAGUGGAGCGUCGACUGCAGAAGCUUUACUCAUUGCUAAAGAGUAGUCGCUUUUUGGAAGAGCUUGAAGCUAGUUUGCUGUAAGAUUUCACCUUUAGCAACCCUAUCAUAUAACUAACCGCUCGGUUCAUUAAAUACGCAUUGAUUACCCUACACCCAGAUUCGAAACCCCUUCUCCUAAUGACCUGAAUUAUUCUUGA